AUUUGUGAUCAAUUCUAAAUUUUUUAAAAAGCAGGAUCAAUGUUUAUGAGCAAAUCAACACGAUCUCGUCGUAAAAAGAAGAGCAAGGGAGGAGAUCGUAGUGAACGGAAGACCAACAAAAGUGAGCGUAAGAAGAAAGGAGCUAAGAGUGAUAUUGGAAAGAAGAAGAAGAAGAAUGAAACCGUUUCAAAAGAUCAGACAAACACGGGAGUUAGUACAGGAGCUGAAGGAGUGGAGAAGAAAGAAAAAGAGCAAUGGAGUGGAGAUGAAACUGCCAAGAAAUUGGUGGCAAGUGGUGCUUUCAACACCAGCACGAUCACAAGUGGUUUCAAAGAGCUGUCAAAUCCAAAACCAUCUGCGGACAUGUGCUCGAUUUUCAAAAAUAACCCGAAAAAGAGCCGUGCUCCCGACUGGCCAAUUGCAGACAAUAAGCUCAUCAAGCUUUCACACGCUCCCGGAAAUUUCAUCUGCGCCGCCAAGGUUGAUGUUCCCGAGUUCAACCGAACCAUGAUUGUCACUCAAAUACCUGAUGUUACGGUUUCGGCAAAUAUCGAGGACUUUUGGAGAAUGAUUUUUCAAGAAGAAAUUGUUUCGAUAGUGAUUGCCGUGAUGCCAUUGGAAUGUUCAGUUACACUUCAACAACUCUUCCCUCUUCUCAGUGGAACAUUUUCCAACCACGGAAAAAUGUUUCUGAAUAACAAGAAAGUUGAUUCAGCAGUGGCAAUGACAGCGUAUACUCUGGAAGUUCUUCCCGAUGGAUGUUCAAAUUCUUUGUUAUCAACAGUGUAUCAUCUCCACAAUUGGAAACAGAAACAAGGACUUGAGAAUGUUGGAGAACUUGUUACUACUGUAGAGAAAGUCUUGAAAACAAACGAGAACACGGUGUUGAUGAGCAUGAAUGGAAUUGGGCGAGCAGGGACCAUGUUAACGCUCUUCACAUCAAUGCUUUCUGUUCAAAAAAGCAAAGAAGUGAAUCCGAAGGAGAUACUGAUCAAGCUGAGAGGAGAAAGAAGUGGUCUCGUAGAAAACGCUGAUCAAUUCAAUACAGUUCAUCGAGCUAUGGCUUUAUGGUUUAAAAACAAGUGUUCGGAUGAGGAAGUUCAGAAGAAGGUUGUAGAAUUUGCUCCAAAUGUGCAAUAAAUCUUUUCAAUUUU